UGUCAGAGGUUGCUGUGCAGCAUGAGCGCGCUCGUCAGGUUCCAGCAGUGCGGGAGAAGAGCGCUUCACGCGCGUUCUGGACAGCGAUGGAGCGGAAAUUCGCCCCCCAGUUUCGCCAAUUUGUUUGUGUUAUUGGCAAAAGAAACACAGAUCCAGUUUUGAUAGCAUUUGCUGCAAGUCACAUUUGCAGAUAUCAUGGCAACAAUACUGGAGAGUCUGAUGAAUGCAAUCAACUACUCAAACAUCUCGUUAUGAAGAUAAAGUCAACAGGUCCUAUUACAGUAGCUGAAUAUAUGAAAGAGGUUUUAACAAAUCCUAUAAAGGGCUACUAUAUGCAUCAUGACAUGCUGGGGGAGCACGGAGAUUUUGUUACAUCACCUGAAAUAAGCCAAGUAUUUGGAGAGCUAAUUGGAAUUUGGUGCAUUAGUGAAUGGAUGUCUGGUGGAAAAUCAAAAUCUCUCAAGUUAGUGGAACUAGGUCCUGGAAAAGGUAGUCUAAUGGAUGACAUUUUGAGAGUCUUCAGCCAGUUUCAGCAUCUACUAAAUUCAUGUGAUAUUUCUAUACACUUAGUAGAAGUGAGCCCUAAACUAAGUGAAAUUCAAACAAUUAAGCUAACAGGAAAAAAUAUUGAAACAAUAUAUGAUGAAGAUACUUCAGCCUAUAAGAAAGGCAUAACAAAAUCAGGACUUGAAAUUUCCUGGUACCAUGAUGUACAAGAUGUGCCAGCAGGGUAUACAUUCUUCAUAGCACAUGAAUUUUUUGAUGCAUUACCAAUACAUAAAUUACAGAAAACAUCAGAUGGAUGGCGAGAAAUAUUAAUUGACAUUGAUCCAGAGGUCCCAAACAAAUUAAGAUUUGUUCUUGGUUCUAGCAUUUCAAUGCUCGCAAGAACAUUUAUUCAGGCAGAUGAAAAGCGGGAUCAUAUAGAGAUAUCUCCUAAUUCUGCAGUUAUUAUUCAAAAACUUGCUAGUCAAAUAAAUAAUUUUGGAGGAGCCGCUCUGAUAGCAGAUUAUGGACAUUCAGGAGACAAGACAGACACAUUCAGGGGAUUUGGGGCUCAUCAGCUGCAUGAUGUACUAAUAGACCCUGGUACAGCAGAUCUUACAGCAGAUGUUGAUUUCAGCUUCUUAAAAAAAGUUGUUGGAAAUACUGUUGUCUCACUAGGCCCUAUUACACAACAAGAGUUUUUGAAGAACAUGGGAAUUGAUUUAAGAAUGAAGGUACUCCUAGAAAACAAUAAAUGUGUGACUACUCAGCAACAUUUAAAACAAAGCUAUGACAUUCUCAUGAAUCCAUGUAAAAUGGGACAGCGAUUCAAGUUUUUUUCCAUGUUUCCACAUAGUAGGAUGGAAAGAAUCAAUGGACAUUCAAAAGUCGAUACUUACCCAGUAGCUGGAUUUACCGAAUUACAAUUCAAUUGACUUGGUGUCUCCACUGUA